AUGAAGUUCGCCAUUGCCCUCUCUCUUCUGGCAGCUCUUGCUAGUGCUGCCACACAGAAGUGUAACCCCGCUGCUCGCCACGUCGGCCUCGUUAUCGAUCAGUCGACGUCGAACCAGUGGACCGAUGAUCGCAACUUCCGCCUCGAAGGUGCCAAGCAGAUCGUCCAGUCCCUCACCUCUAAGACAGAGGCGUCUCCCAACAACCUCGAGGCUGACAGCGUGGCUGUUGUCGGGUUUGCCUGGGAUGCCUGGCAAGUUCUCGACUUCAGCGACCCCACCGCGGCCUCCGGCGCUAUUGAAUCGCUCAGAGACAACCUGAAGGGCGGCACCAACGUUGGUGAUGGUAUGCGCCUCGCCAUGCAGAAUCUGCAGAACCUGAGCGCAGACCAGCUGUCGGGUCACUCCGCGAUUGUCCUUUUCACGGACGGUGAGGACACCCAAGGCAACAAAGACGCUAUGCAGAGCGCACUCAGGGAAGCCAAGGCUAAGGGCGUGCGCGUCUCCUUCGUGCGCCUCGACUCGGAGUCCGGCAAUCCGUGGCUCGGCUUGUUCAAGAUCGGUGGCGACAAGAAUUACAUCGACGCGGCCAUGACUGAAAGCAUCAUCUCCACUGGCGGUACCGUCUCCAUCGUCCGCAACGCCAGCAACCUUCAAGCCUUCGUGGACCAGGUCCUCAAGAACGGUCUCACCGGGGACGACGGCAAGUGUGGCGGCACGACCAUCGAGAACCCCGGUGGUGUUCUCAAGAACGACGUCACCUCCAUCGGUCUAUGCUCGACGAACGCCCAGGCGGUCUACACCUACAAGGCUGAGAAGAAUGAGAAGCUGACCUUUGGGGUCGGCCUCACCUCGAAGAACAAUCCUGUGCAGCUCACUGUGGUCUACGAGAACAAGUCUACAGGCGAGCGCAAGGAGAUCAAGGUUAACGGCUCGAACGCCUCCGGGACCGUUGAGGCCUUCGCUCAGGCUGGGCAGGACGUCACCCUUACAGUCAACCCGAGCGGCGCCUCCAGAGACGCCUGCCAAUACCAAGUCGGCCUCAAGGUUACCCCUGGUCAAGGCCCUCAGCCUACGGUCGUGCCCACCACCUCUGCCACCCCUAGCACCUCGACCGCUCCUACUACCUCUGCCACCCCUACUACAUCCGCCUCUCAGUGUCCUAGUGUCACUGCUUCCACUACCACGGUCGAGCGUACCGUUGUCACGACCAUGACGGUCCCCGCGCCCCCCCCUUCGGCUUCCGUUUGCAUCUGCAAGUGCGGUACUGAAGGCUCUAAGCCUCUUCCGAAGUUCGAGCUGUAA